GCCUGGUCUCGGUUUCUUCAGACUUCGGUUUGGUUUGGCAUGGUAUGGUAUGGUAUGGUUUCUCAUGACUGUGGACCAAAUCCCAGGCCAUGCCUUCUUCAAACCCUAGCCAAACCUCUCGCCAUCGCCAUCUCCCCGUUGUAGCUCUCUGCAUCGCCCCCGCCAGCAUCCCGUUGCUGAUGUGCUUGUACUUGCGCACUUCCAUGGCCGCGGUUCAAGCUAUUUUUUCCAGAGUAAAUUGCACGUCGUUCGCCAAUACCACCAGUCCCAUCCAGUGCAUCCAUUCGCCCCCGCCAGGUAACCUAAUCCGGUGUUGAGAGGGCGCCCAAGUGCUGUGUACAUAAUUCAUUUCUGGAGAAUGGAAGGCGAUAUUGAAUGGUUUUCUGCACACCCUAGAUAGCAGGCAAUGGUUGAGGCACGGCCCAUAGCAAGCGUGACAGAUACAGCAAUUAUAACAUCUACUGCAUGCCUGAUCUGGUGGAGUUAGAUGAUGCAUGGUCAGGGAGAGGACUUGGAGCACGUGACAAUAUUUUGAGGAUCGAGCUGAAGGGGAUGAGCUAGCGAAGUCUGUGGCACCGUUGUGGUGCCGUGGCGAAACGAUGGCAUCCAUACAGAGGUUGGAUCUUACGAAAUUGAGCAGUCCCGAUGUAGGUCUGCACAAUGCUGGCGGGGGUUCGCACCGGAACUUCGGUGUAAGUUUAGAUAAGUCUCACAGUUUUCGAGAUGGUCACGAGGCUCGGGUGACGGGUGGGAACGGGCCAUCCAGCUCCCGCAGGGAGGCUCCGGCUCUGACGAGCGUGCUGUUUCUGGAGAGCAUUAGCUUGCCAAGUGCAAAGUCGAGUGCGCAAGUGGAGUUACGACGUGCGAUAAUCGCAGCGAGUGGCCAACAGAACGAUGACCCGAGUUUGGGAGGCUUGCAGUGCAAGGCGCUGGAGAGUAGCAGCGGGGAAGAGAUCAAGCGGAUGAGGGCGGGGCUGUUGGAGGGCGUGUCACGUGCAAAAGAGCGCGUGCGGCACCUGUCGGAGGCGGUGAUCAAGCUGGACAGAUUUCAGCAUGCAAUGCAAUCCCGGAAACGAAACAGACCGCAGCCUGGUGUUCAUGACCGAGAAGGUCAUGCAGGUGGAGUCCAGAGAGGUGCAUUGUCGGGGCAUGUAUCGAGAGGGAGCGGUAGUGGUGCUUCGAGCAGCAGGGAGGGUUCAGGGAUGCUGAAAGGAGGAGACUAUAAGAGCAAGAACGGGAUGGUGAACAAGCGAAUGCGGACUUCGUUGGCAGAUGCACGACCCGAGGGACGACCGAGCAAUUUGAGCGUGCAGCGGUCUUCAGGGGUACAAGGUAAAGAACGGGAGAGCCCGAGGUCAAUUAGCAUUUUAAACUCUCCAGUAGAAGAGAAGGCGAGAGCUGUUGGAGGGGGCGGGGGAUAUGAGAAGACGAAGAUGAAGGGGAAGCGGUCGGCUACCACAAAGGGUGAAGUAGCUGUGGUGAGCAGCUCGAAUGGUGACACGGACGCCGAGCGCGAACCCAAGGGGAGUGUUCUACAUCACCGAGGUGGUGUCGACGGUCGAUCGCGUCCGAUCGAAGGCCACGGUUACAGGUCGACAUCGUCGGGGCCUGUACAUGGCACAUUGUCUGUGCAGAGAGCGGAAGCAGUUGCACAUGCGAAUUGGGGAAGCAUACGUGGAGGUGGCAAGGCGGAAGUGGAGGGUUUAUCCUGUGGCUUGGGUAAAGUGGAGCGGUCUGGUUGGUCAGAGCGAGAGCUGGUGAAUUUGAAGACUGGACCCAAACCGGUUUCUCGAGAAGAAGCACGCUCAGCUGGUCAUGGCGUGUUGCCGAAAGCGAAACGGUCGAAUCUGGUUGCAGGUGGCAAUCAGGCCGGGCAUAUGGGUCGGUUGUCAUCGUUCACGGAUACUCGCGAGAAGCCAUCAGUAAUGACGAGUCCAACAAAGGUGUCGGUGCCGUCUGGGGCUAUGAUCAGGAAAGCGUUAGCCCCGUCGCGGUCGUCUUCCCCACCUGUAGCUUCUUGGGGGAGUUCCAGACCUCAGAAGAUGGCACGUGCUAGGCGCGUGAAUCUGAAUCCGCCUGUGAGCAUCUCUCUUCCAGAGAAGGUGGAGGCGAACGAUGAAGCAGACGCAGUUGCUGGGGGCAAGGAUGGAAGUGCAUCACAUGCGGUUCUAAGCGUAAGGCCCAAUUCUUCGAGCUCAGUCGGAGGUAUGAACUUGGCCAAACGAGCUCUUAAUGGGGAGGUUUUUGGUCCAAACAAAGCAAAGUCGGAGCGGGUGACCACUUCGGUGGGAGUGGAGGAGUUGGUGGAGGAGAUUGGUAAGAGUAAGGUUAGGAGCCGUGAAGGAGAUGAGGAGGAAGGGCAGUGUAAGGGAAGUGGUGGGAGGGAGAAGUUAGGUAGUGUGGUGGCGACGAUCAAGAAGGGAAAUCCAUUAGCAUCAGAGGAGAGUGGAGGUGGGGACGGAGUUAGACGGCAAGGGCGGACAGGGAGGGGAUCUGCGACACCACGGAUGGUGACUGCGAGCUGUCUGGUGGAAAAGGUGGAGGUCUCACCAGUGAACGCAAAGCCGACAAGGAAUGCAAGAUCUGCUGUGGAUUCGAAACUAGGCGGAAUUGGGCGUCCAGGCAGUAAGAAAGGCAAUGCUGAUCGAAAAACUUCUAGCAGACCGAGGCGAUUAACUGGCAACAUUGGAGCUGAGAUGACAGAGGAUGAUGAUGACCAUGAGCAGCUGUCCAGAGCAGUUCAGCAAACUGUGGAGUUCAGUGAGUCAGUAUGCCCCAACAGUUUUUGGCGACAAGUGGAGCCAUACUUCUCUUAUGUUACGUCUGAUAGCCUGUCUUUUCUGCGGAAACAAAUGGCUGUGGUGGAUGAAAGCAAUACUGCUUCACAAUCUCAGAGUUUGGAUGCAGCAGUCAAAGCAGCAGUUAUUAGGGACAGGACCUCACACGGUGACGUAGUGAAGAAUUUGAACCAGUCCAAAGAGCAAAGCUGGAAGGAUAGGGGUUUCAGGAGAGGCAGGAGUGGGGGAUGGUAUGAAAAAUUCUCCUCAUUGUCACAACGGCUACUGUCUGCGUUCCUCACCGAAAGGGAAGAUGACAGGAGUGAGAACGUAUACAAUGAAGCUUAUGCGAACCAAGACUCAGAUUGUCCUUUGCCUCCCAAUACGCACAGCGAGAUGGAGUGUGAUCCGCGAGAUGCGGAAGGCGAGUCGGAUGUUGAUAACGCGAAAUGUGAGUCAGAGUGGUGGAGCGCAAGGGUUAGGCGGGGAGGGUACAGCGAAGGGCUGCCCAUAUCUGGUGUCCAAGGGUUUCAGGCUUGGGAUGAAUAUCAAGAUGAAGAGGAUAUCGUUGUUAAGAAUGAUGCAGAUGGAUCAGCAGGCGCAGAUUGUGUUGAUGAAGUGGAGGUGAUUGAUAGAGGGGAUGAUGCACGAUUCAGGUGGAAGAUUGAGAAUGGGUGCAUGGAUUGGGAACAACAGUAUGUAAGGAUGAGCCUGGACGACAGAUUGUUGGUGGAGCUAAACAGCAUUGGACUGCUAUCUGUGCAAGCGCAUGAGCAGGAUGAGCAAGAGGAGGAUGAUAUCGGUGAAGAGUUGAGAAGGCUGGAAAAUCAGCUUUUAGAGCAAGUUUCGAGUAACAAGGAGCGUUUGUGCAGACUUGAAAGUGCUGUUUUAAAAAAUAGAGUGGUUGAAGAAAGAGCACGCGAGAAGCUUGCGAUGGACAUACUUGUGGAGUUGGCGUAUAAAAAAAAUUCGGGAGGUCGUUCAAACAAGGGAGCUGCUGCCAAAGUAGCAAAAGCAGCUGCACUUGCAUUUGCUAAGCGAGUUUUGAUAAGGGUUCAAAAAUUUGAGGCUGGUCAUAGCUGUAUAACGGACCCUGCCUUACGCGAGCGACUUUUCUGUGUUGCUUCCAGUUCAGUGGAAGUCAGUCCCAAUGCAGCCAUGGAUGUGGUAAAAGCUGGUGGAGCUGUUGCAGCCAGUGCUGAACGGAUGACGUCACCAAGCACUGCAGAUGCAGAAAAGGGCUCCUAUGAUGGGCUGUCAGCUGGCGUGGAUUGCAGUUAUCUGAAAGAAGGGAGCCGGUUGUCUCGAGCCAGGGAACGGGAGGCCUUUCUGGAGGAUGUCUCUGGUUACACAAGCACUUGUGAUGUGAAUAUGAUGAGCUCGAAUGGGUAUGGGGGAAGCAAGGGCAAACGAAGCGAACGCGAGAGGGAUGGAAAGGUUGAGGAUGGAGACGUAUUAGCAAGGCCAGGUCAAAGAAAUGCCAAGGGAGAGCGAAAGAUGAAGACAAAACCGAGGCAAAAGACGGGAUUGCUGCUGAAGUCAGUCCAGGGGUUGGUGCUAACGGCCGUGGAGCAGCAGUACGAUCAAGGCAUGCGGUCGAAUCAGGGUCAUUCGGCGGCAACAGAUAGACAUGCGGGUAGGAAAGAGGAGGUUGUUUCGAGUUUGCCAGUGUUUCAGGAAGCGACGGUGGAACCCGAUGGACAAAUCGACCUGUCGGCGAUACCUCUUCCUGGAAUGGAAGAAAUUGGCAUGGCUCAAGCGGAUAUGGGAUCAUGGCUUGACUUCGACUUGGAGGACUCCCUGCAACAGACGGACGACUUCCUGAUGGGACUGGAUGUUCCGAUGGACGACUUGUCAGGGCUUCACAUGAUGAUGUAAGAUCGUAAUGAAAUUAUCGGCGUGGACGAUUUGUCGUUACGAAGGACGUGGUUCUUUUUGUACACUGAAAUUUGGCCUCACGAAGGUCUUGAAUUGGGUGCAAAUCUCCGAAUGGUGGGGAAAGGUUAUGCUAUGCUGUUUUGCAGGGCGAGGUUUGAGGUCGAAUAAGGUUUUUGGUGAAAUGCCCAUCAUGCUGGUACUUAAACAGAGUUCGAGAUCUUAAGAAAUUUUCCCGCAGAAGUGAGGCCACAGUUGAAGGCAUGCCAUGUAGUGAGCUGUGACUGGCUACAGAGGAAACUACCAUCUUGUACCUAAAUUUCUUGAAUCAUUUUAUUCUUCCAGUAAUAACUUUAACAGUGGGCAUGCAUUUUCUGCUGCACCCAUUAGAGGUUUUGAUUCAUGCUAUAAGCAGAACAUGGAGGUUUCUGGAAUAAAUUUGAAGACAGCGUUGCCUCAAUCUCACUGAAACGAAAUAGUACCAGGGUUACCAGCUAGAUAUCUCUAAGAUUCCAAGUUUCUCGGUUCAAGUGGGGUCUGCAUGGAGAGCCAAUAGGCGGCGUCCCUUCUGUUCUCUCUAAGCAGUGCUCUUUCUCCAACUGUAGCUGCUUCACGCAUCGAAGAUCGAAGUGCGAACCAUCAAUCUCCGCAGUACUGGUCUUGACAUAGCAAGAAUUUCGUCCGUUUUGUCCAUCUGUGGAUUGCUCUGUGACGCCGUGCAUCAGAUCAUGAGCACAUGGAAGACCAGCAAUGCCACGGUUUCAACUCUCUUCAGCGUUUAUCUCCCUCAUCUAGUGCUCUUGUAAUUAUGCCACCUCUUUCCAAUGACCAAAACCGGUGUGAGAAAGCCUUGACAGGUAACACCACUGAUCAAGCAAAUGGUGUUGCUGACAAGGUAUUUCGGAUGUGCGCUUUUUUUAAUUAAUGAUGAGACCAAUUUGAAGGGUAAUACAGUCAUGAUCAGAAACCCUAAACCUUAAACCCAAAACCUGAUGACAUUGUUGUGAUCUAAAUUUUACCUUUUUGUCAUAGUAUUUAACGAAGUAAAGGUGUCGCAACAUUUCAUGUAUAUAGUGCUGCAAUUCUGAUGAAAACGGUUAUCACAA